UAUGGCUAUUAAAGAUAUGAAUCCUCGUACUGCUUGGCUCACUCUUCUGUCACUUCUCCUGCUUGCUAUUUCCAUAGAGUCAAGGAAAGAUCCAGGAGAAUAUUGGACAAGUGUCAUGAAAGAUCAGCCAAUGCCAGAAGCAAUCCAAGGCCUUGUUCAUAGGGAUUCAACGCCAUCUCAACCUACAAAGAAUGCCGAUUGUGAUCACCCAUCUAUGGAGACAAGGAACAAGAACCAGCCUUUUGCUGAGGAUUUUGAGCCAAGACCCAGUGUCACAGCCUAUAACGAUGAUGAUGUUGGCCAGGAAGAGAAGAAAUUUGUUAAGGAUUUCGAGCCAAGACCUAGUGUCACAGCCUAUAACGAUGAUGAUGUUGGCCAGGAAGAGAAGAAAUUUGUUAAGGAUUUUGAGCCAAGACCCAGUGUCACAGCCUAUAACGAUGAUGAUGUUGGCCAGGAAGAGAAGAAAUUUGUUAAGGAUUUUGAGCCAAGACCCAGUGUCACAGCCUAUAACAAUGAUGAUGUUGGCCAGGAAGAGAAGAAAUUUGUUAAGGAUUUUGAACCCAGACCAGAUGCUACUGUUUAUAGUGAGUAA